CUGCCUUCUCCUGCACCAGCUGCACCCUCGUCCCCAUCGCUGACCCCGGCAGAAGAGCGCGCGAUGUCGGCCACCAGGGAGCUCUUCGGAGGCACCAUCACCGCAGACCUCCCCUCACAGCUCAUCGAUGCCUCAGACCUCCGCCAAGUGCCAGACACACAAGAGGUCUUCCUAUCACCUGCCUCCGGGAUCAGCAUCAUCGUCGAAGUCCUCCAGAGUGUCCCCGCGACCGACCCCCGAGAAGCCGCCGGCCUCCACUUCGACGCCCUCGCGCACGACAAUGACGCAAAGUCCCACAAGGUCCACGACGCGACCAAGGUCCCCAACGGCUCCAACGGCGCCACCCCCGACCCCGUCGUCCUCUACGGCACCCAGACCGUGCACAAGUUCAACAGCACGUCCGCGGACGAGGUCCGCAUCCUCCUCGCCCUCUACCGCGUCAAGCACAAGGCCGUCGACCUCGUCAUGACCAUGAACGUCCCCAUGACCAGCACCGACGGCGGCUCCGUCAGCGAGGACAGCUGGGCCGAGGCCAAGGCCGUCUUCGACAUCGCCGCCAAGUCCUUGCGCAUCGUUGACUACGGGUUGUUUGCGUAGGUCGCGGGGGAGGGGCAGUGGUUCGAAUCCGUCAAUAAUACUGUAUCAUAGGAACGUUUGCCCGUUGUUGUAUACUGAUUCUUCAGUGCAUAACUCCUUCGGCUUGCGCCUUGUACGCACGCAAUGCCAGUACAAGACCUUCGAUGUCAGCCUAGUCCGUACUCUUGAAGGGGUAUACCACCAUUGUACUCGGGGACUCUGGCACCCUAACGCCUGGUUUCGUUACGCUCAUUUGUCACAGCCUACAGCGGUAUGGUCUUCUUUGGAUCCCGAUGCAUCCUGGCGCGCUUGAGCUCAACCUCAUACUACCAAGCGCCACACAUGUCCCUUGAACAGCUCCAGGAUCCGUAUCCGGCUGCCGUUCCCUUCCUGCAAGUUCCAAGGUGGUUUCUUGCUUGUCGACGUAUCUGCCGGGAACUUGAUGCCGAGCAGUUCCUAGGACAUCGCCGGUCGUCUACUGAAGUCUACGAAUCUAUGCAUGCACGGAAAUAUUUGGCGUGAGGGAAGGUGGACGUGGUUCCGUCCUCGCAAGGGACACGGCGGUCCGGCCCUCGCUUCAGUCUCGGACCCGGGUAAGGUAUUGCCUUCCGAAGACUGUAAGUUGGCCUUGCAAAACCUUCUGCCAGGAAGCGGUCGAUAUCCGGAAGCAUGCCACGACGAGCAGCAGCUCUCUACCAGCGUAACAUAUGAGGUUCAUGGAGUGGGACAAACUGUACAUUGACCAAGAAGCUACAGAUACAAGUGUGUAUACAAAGCAAAAAGCAUACUGGAGAGAUUGCCCGGUCGUGCACAAACAGACAAGCACAGCGUGAGACACCGACGGCAGCAACGACGCCCGUCUAGGCCAACCUCAAGGAACAGCCCGACCGCACGGGUAACCACCCCACAUCCGUGGGGGUGGGGAGCAUUCUGCGAAGCACGCUCAAGCGAAAGCGACGUCGUCUUCCCUCCCAGCCUCGUCCCGCUCCGCAGCGGCCUCCGCCUCAGGGUCCUCCUCUAUCCUCUGGCCCACCACGUUCGUCGUCUCCGCUGCGGCCUUCGCCUCCUUCUUGCGCUUCGCCGACUCCUUCAGCUUCUCCCACCGCUCCCGGAAGCGCACAAUCAUCGCUUUCUGCAACGCCCGCACACCGAUGUCAGCUCCUGCUCGAAGACGGCGGCGCCCGCGGGCGGGGAUGUGGAUGUGGAUGUGGAUGGGGAUGUGGGACGGGGCGACGCCGACGCACCUGCUUCUCGUUCUCGCUGCGGAGGUUCCGGACCUCCUCCUCGAGCUCCCGCACGCGCCGCACGAGCUGGGGGUCGCGUUCGCGGCCGUUGUUCGCCGCCGCGACGGCUGCGGGCACCGGAGGGGGGACGGGCACGGUGAGGUUCAGGGACGCGAUGUCCACUGGCGGCUGUACGGCAGUCGGGCGCGCGACGACGGUCGAGGACAGCAUUGCGCGGUGUGCCUGAGACCCGGGAACAAACGUUAGCACGAGCUUCUCUUCGGAGCACACGACGUCGGCAUGAAAGACGGAGCAGCAGGCCGCAAGGGGGCACGCGGCAUCAGAAAUACGGCUUGGAAAACGGAGAGGAACCGCACCUCUUUCCUCGCGAGCAUAAUGCUGUCGCGCAACUGCUGGUCCUGUUCCUGGCGGGCCUUGAGCGCCGCCUCCAUAUUCACGAGCUGCUGUCGUUGCUUCUCGAGCUCCGCCUUGAGCGAGGCGUUUUCCUCCUUCAGAGAUGCGACGCCCGGCUCGGACUUCGACGGCACGAGACAGAACGAGUCCGCCAUGUCGUCAUCUUCGAACGCGCGGACAUCGUCGUCCCAAUCGUCGCGAAUGUCGAACGCGUGCGACGGCUGUGGCGGAGGCGGGAAGACGCUGGGCCCCGGCGCCGCCUCCGUGUCCGAGCCCGUCGCGGGCGAGUCGUACCGGGUGAGCAUCCUGGAAUGGGCGGCCUUCACGAGGCUGAUCCCGCGGGAGAUCUUCUUGGAUAUCGGAUCUUCGAGGUCGGUGUCGCUGCUCCAGCUGCCGUUCCGAUUGCUGUUCAGAUUGGAUUCUUGGGGAGCGAGCGGGGCGGUCGCGAAUGCAACGGGUCGGGAGAGAUACUCCAGCAUGCCCUCGGUCGCCUUCCAGAAUUGGUGGAAUGCGUCUCCCGGGUCAGAUCUUUGCCCUAGAAGCAUGAACGACUCGUCUACCGUCUGCUGUGAGUCCGACAGCUUGUUCUGGGGUUGCGGCGGCGGAGGUGACGAUGGAGGCUGAGGAGACGGAGGAGAGACACUGGUGCUUGGACCAGCAGCGGGAACUCGAGGGGGCUUCUGCGGUAAGGAAGGAUCCUUGUUCUCUUCUCUCAGCUUCGCAAUGCGCCUUUGCAAGUCCUUGCCCAUCUUCAUGUGUUCGUUGUGCAGCAUUCGAAGCGUGCGCUUUGUGUUGUCGUCGUUCGAUGCAUCUACACACGCUUGAAAGGCCUCUGCGGCCUUGUAAUGC